AUGGCUUUGGGAAGCGCCCUGUUGGUGCUCACUUUAGUGAAGCCGGCCGUCUGGGCGGCCACUUUGACUUCCCAUGUCAAUCCUUUUUUGGGAAGUGCAGGUGGUGGAAAUAAUUUCCCUGGGGUUGCUCGACCUUUCGGCAUGGUGAAAUUAGGUCCCGACCUGCAUGACCCUGGUAAGGAUGCCUACUCUGGCUACUUGCCGCAUGGCGAAUUCUCGGGAUUCAGCAUGAUGCAUGAGCAAGGCACUGGGGGUGCUCCGAAAUAUGGUACGGUGUCGCAGUUGCCAUUGGUUGGUAACCUUAGUAACCCCCUAUCAAAUAAAACUGUCUCUCGGUCUGGAACCGAUCAAGCAUCAGUGGGAUAUUACAAGGCGCAGACUUCUGAGGGAAUUGUUGUCGAGUUAAGUGCUUCUGCUCAUGCAGGCAUCUAUCAGUAUACCUUCCCUGAGGGAUCACAUGGGAGCGUCUUGGUGGACAUCUCUCACGUACUGCCUUCUUUCCGAGGUCAAGGUCUUGGUCAAGGUUACAAAGGUGGAAACAUCACCAUCUUCCAUGAUAGCCAUUAUGAAGGUCACGGUGUUUAUGACAAUGGUUGGAACCGUUCUCCAGAUUGGUCCAUUUAUUUCUGCGGCUACUUCGAUACUGCGCCUAUCAAUAACAAGACAUAUGUGGGAACUGAUGCAGGGGGCAGCGAAGAGCAAACAGGCGGGUUUGCAACGUCAUCCUCGAGCUCAAACCGUGUCGGAGGAGUUUUUUCCUUUCAGGAGUCGGCGGUGACCUCUCGCGUUGGAAUUUCUUGGAUAUCUACAGAAAAGGCUUGCAGACACGUCCAAGAUGAGAUUCCUGAAGGAACAGAUCUCCACUCUGUGGUUCAAGAUGCCCAGUCAGAAUGGGAAUCAAAGGUGCUGUCAAAAGUUACCACCACAAGCACCAACCAGACGAGCCUCACUUUGCUGUACACAUCCCUCUACUUUAUGCAUCUGAUCCCUACCAAUCAGACCGGCGAAAACCCAAAAUGGUCUUCUGAAGAACCAUAUUAUCAGGAUAUUUUUACCUAUUGGGACCUCUUCCGCUGCUCCACAGCUCUUAUGCAAGUCUUGCAACCCGAGGCAUAUGAAGAACAGAUUCGAUCUCUUAUUGACAUCUGGCGCUUCGAUGGCUACCUCCCCGAUGCCCGCUCGUCAAAUUACAAUGGCCGCACGCAGGGGGGCUCCAAUGCCGAUAAUAUCCUGGCCGAUGCUUAUGUCAAAGGUGUUCGCGGUGCCGUAAAUUGGGAUGAUGGAUACCGUGCCAUGGUAAAAGAUGCAGAAGUGGCCCCGCCGAACGACCCGGUCGACCCUAUGGCCCCAGAUUCCUCAACAAAAGAGGGAAGGGGUGCGCUACCAGACUGGAUCAAGCUCGGAUUCAUCACGCCAAGAUACACUCGCGCCGUCACCAGAGCCGUAGAAUAUUCUUGCAACGAUUUCGGUCUGUACCAGGUAGCAUCAGGGCUAGGAAAGAAUGACGACGCUGAGAAAUAUCUCAAUCGCUCGCGGAACUGGCAAAACCAUUGGAAUCCCAACACGACUUCCUUGGGGUUCUCCGGAUUUGUUGUCCCUCGUGAUGAAAACGGCUUCAUUGACACCGACCCCCUGAGAGACGGAGGCUACUGGGGGGACCCAUACUACGAGGCUAACUCGUGGGCUUAUUCCUGGGCUAGUGUCCAUGAUAUGAAGCAGGUGAUCGACAUGAUGGGAGGCGCACAGACUGUCGUCAAGCGACUCGACACCAUGUUCACCAAAGGGGUCGACGGCUCCAGCGGAACCAUUUUUGACUCUACGAACGAACCCAUGUUCAACAUUCCGUACCUAUAUAAUUAUGUCAAUCGACAGGACUUGUCAGUUUCCCAGUCCCGCAACAUCGCAAAGACUUAUUACCUUACGGGUGCGAACGGACUUCCCGGCAAUAGCGAUGCUGGGGCAAUGCAGACAUGGCUUCUGUGGAAUAUGAUUGGCCUGUACCCUGUCACAGGGCAGACGACUUUUUUAAUCCACUCUCCAUGGUUCGAGUCCCUGACGAUCGAAUUGGGUGGUGGCAAGAAACUGCAUGUCACCGCGAAAGGCGGCGAUGGAAACGGUGACAGCAAUAUCCAGGUGCAGCGACUCCAGGUAAACGGGAAAGACUGGAGAAAAAACUGGCUCACAUGGGAUGAUAUUUUUGCCGAUGGAGGGAGCCUAGAUUUCGAGCUUGGGGGCAGCCCAAGUAACUGGUUCACGGGGGAACUGCCACCCAGUCCAGCAUCUUGA